AUGGCUGCGCCCUUCAGCAGACGAGUAUCUUCAACUUGUAGCAGUCUUCGUUUUCGAACUGGUUGUUUGAAACCCAGACUGACUCGAAUAAUUCAGUUGCUGGUGCCUAAAGCUGGUGAAUAUAGCACGCAGUCAAAAGAGUUUAAUGGAGCAGAAACGCAUUUUGGGUUUCAAUCGGUGGCAGAAGAUGAAAAAGAAAAUAAAGUGUACGAAGUAUUUGAGAAUGUGGCCUCUAAAUACGACAUGAUGAAUGAUGCAAUGAGCGGGGGUGUUCACAGAAUAUGGAAGGACAUCUUCUUGGAGCGGUUUGCACCAUCGCCAGGGACCAAGCUACUGGAUGUUGCUGGUGGAACUGGUGACAUUGCUUUUAGAUUCCUGAAGUACGUUGAUGCACCGGCUCACAUUUCCACACAACAGGACUUUGGAAUUCCCAAAGAUGCAGCAUCUCGAGUUCUCAAGAAGAUUUGUCGUCAGCGUCAUCAUCAUCUGAUGAUGAAAGUACAAAGGUCUAGUCAGAAUCAUCGUUUAGACACACCUGUACUACCAGAUGACGAUAGCAGCCACGUAAUAGUGUGUGACAUUAAUCAAGCUAUGUUGGAUGUGGGCAGACAGAGGGCAAAACAGUUGGGCUUUACGUCAGGAAUAUCCUGGCUGCAAGCGAAUGCUGAGAAUCUACCGUUGCCAGAUAAUCUGUUUGAUGCCUACACUAUUGCCUUUGGAAUUCGUAACUGUACACAUGUACAGAAAGUUCUGGAUGAAGCCUACCGCUUGUUAAAGCCUGGGGGACGGUUCUUGUGCCUGGAGUUUAGUGAAGUCAAGAAUCCUUUGUUGCGGAGUAUCUAUGACAGUUACUCAUUUCAAGUGAUUCCUGUCAUGGGACAGCUGAUUGCUGGUGACUGGAAGUCAUACCAGUAUCUGGUCGAAAGUAUACGACAGUUUCCCAAUCAGGAAGAUUUUGCGGCAAUGAUCAGAGCAGCUGGCUUCAGAAUGGUCUCCUACGAAAACUUGACAUUUGGUGUGACUGCAAUUCAUUCGGGCUUCAAGAUCUGA